UCUCUAACGUGAUGAAACUCAUCUUCUCUCCUCCACUCCGGCUCAUUAUUUAUCACGCUAAGCUUCAUUCUUCUGCUCGUUGCAUUACCAAAAAAAAUAUAUUUUCGCAAGUAUUUCAUAUUUGCUAAAAUGUCUUGUUGUAUCACGUCGUUUCUGUACUCGAUCCUUCUCUAUUUCGCCAUAAUUCCUGCCCUCACCCUUCUUGCAAUACGACUUACAAUUAGGAAGUUACGUGGGAAAGUUGACAUCACGAAUGAAGUUGACAUCAGCGGAAAGACCGUGAUUGUUACCGGAGCCUCGGAUGGGAUUGGAAAAGUGACCGCGGAGGAAUUUGCCGUUCGCGGAGCCAGAGUUAUUUUGGCGUGCAGAAAUUUACAGAAGGCAGAACGAGCAGUGGCGGAUAUCCGCAUGCGGACAACAAAUGGAGAAAUGAUAAUAAUGCACCUCAAUCUGUCAUCACUCUCUUCCGUGAGACAGUUCGCGUCGGAAUUUAUCCAAAAAUAUGGGGGCGGCCUAUCCAUCCUUGUCAACAAUGCCGGACUUGUUAACCCUGUCGGGAUGAGGAAGCUGACUGAGGACGGAUUUGAAGAGGCAUUCGGCGUCAACCAUCUCGGCCACUUUCUUCUCACCAAUCUCCUCCUUCCCGAACUAGUAAAAGCUGGAGAAAAAAAUCCUUCCGACCCAAGUCGCGUGGUUAUCGUCUCAUCCGGCGCCCAUAGUUGGGGUUCACUCAGCUUGGAUGAUUUAAUGUAUGAAAAAACUCCACUAGAAGACUGGAAAUGGAUUUCCAAACUUUAUUGCAAUUCAAAACUUGCCAACAAUCUAUUCAACUUAGAACUCGCCAAGAAAUUCAGGUCUGACAAGGUCAACGUCAACUGUUACGCCCUUUGUCCUGGAUUUGUCGACACGAAUAUUGGCAAGGAAAAUAUGGCAGACAAUCCGCCACCCUUUUGGGUUACACAUGUCUUGUUUCCGCUUCUUAAAUUGGUGAUGGUGAAGGACGCCAAAGAGGGUGCUGAAACAACAGUGUACUGCUCCCUCAGCAAGUAUUUGACGCAUCACAGUGGAGAAAUGUACAGGAAUUGUGAAUUUUGGGACUACAGCAAGAGACCCAAACUCAGCGAGAAGGACGCCACAAAGUUGUGGGAGAAGAGUGAAAAAUUGGUCAAGUUGAACUAACACAAACUGUAACCUCUCAGAUUCAUGUCUUAAGGCAUACGUGGAUAUGAUUAUCUACUUAACAGAGACUUAAGAUGAAUGCAUUUAUGUCUUUUAACUCCAUUAACCAAAUAAAAAAUAUGCCUUGAGAACAUUUAAGCA